AUGCGACGAGUAAAUGCUCGAAAAGACUUUGCCCGUCAAGUUUCGAAUACAAGCUCAAAUUUUGUCGAAAGCAUAGCUGAUAGCGAGACAUUCAAUAUGCCAAGGCCCGGAAGGAGAAAUGGGAAUACUCAAUCAAGGCGCGAGGAAGUAAGCCAAAUUGCUGAAACAGAAUUUGACUCCUCUCCUCCAGCUAGGGGAAUCAGAGCUGCGAGAAAUGACGAUAGCAUAAGUCAAAUCGCUGAAACAGAGUUCGAUGAGCCGACGAACCCACAGAUAAACCGUUCAAAGAAAAGAGAGCGUUCCCCAUCCCCUGAAGAACCAUAUUCCUAUGGAACGCUGAGUGUCACGCAAUCUUCAAAGCACCAGAGUACGCAAUCGUCUAAGAGAAAGUACAGUCAGCAAACGACUCUUCAGGCACCUCAGACUUCUUCCUCUAACACUGCUAGAAAUUCGAGGUUCUCAAGGCGAGUUGACAAUGUCUGCGGAUCGGUCAAGAUCAAUAUUGCUUCCGGCUUUCAUUGCGGCUACGAAGCUAAUCCAGAUGGGUACAAAAUCUUCGACGAGUUUCUUGAGAAGUCGUCAAAAGGUCGUCAACGCGCAGAUGUUGCUAUUAUUGCUGGCAAUCUCUUCAACAACUCUCAGAAUCACUUCUCUUCAAUUCAGCGAAUAACUAGAUCUUUGAACAAAAAUAUCUACAGAAAGUCGCUAAUAACAGAUGUUGAGAUAAUCCAGACCCCAAAAACAGGCUGUCCAGAUAUUGUCCAAUGUCCAAAAAUGCCUGUAUUGAUGAUAGGAGGACGAUGCGACCAUACCAUGCGAGAACGUCAUGGAAACGCAGCCAGGCAGACGUAUCAAUCUCCUGUAGCGAUUUUUGAAGCCUCGGGGAUUGCUCAGUCACUGGAUGAUACAAAACUGUGUCUCGAAGAAGAGUGGACUUAUGCGCCGACAGUUGUGCAUCAAGACGGCCUCUACGUGGCAAUCUACGGCAUUUCUUACGUCGCGAAAACUUAUUUGCAGCAACUGGGAAAGGCGAAGUUUGUCAAACCAGUGAUUCCUGAAGGUGCAGUCUGCAAAACAAUGCUUGUUCUUGCUAAUUCGAUGGAGAAGCCACCUGUAAAGCUUGCUGAGCUAGCCAGCGGCUUUGAUGUUGUCGUCUGGGGUGGAGAAAAUGGCCCGAGUAAGGUUCAGUCUCCGAAUGGAAAUUGGACGAUAUCUACUGGUGAAGCACUUCUGAGAUAUGUCCACGAGGCCAAUCUUGAUCACAAAGAGUUCCAGCAAAUCACCUUUACGCCACAUGAUAUAAUCGUCGAAUCUCACGAAUUCACCCAAGCGCGCCAUCUUUUACUCGGCGAAGUGGUUUUGAACGACUAUAUCGGAGUGUUCAAUACUAAGGAAGAAUACGAAGAGGAGUUUGACAAAGCGAUCAGCGAGAACUCGGAGAACAUAUUGCGCGAUUAUCCGGCCGGAACAUUUCCUCAGCCUGCGAUGAUAUUGAAAGUGGACUUGAAACGACCUGGAGGCCAGGAGCCACUUGGAGCAAUCAAUUCAGUUUUCGCUGGGCAGCAGUUUUGUGAUAGAGUGUGGAACUGGAAGAGCUGUAUUAGAUAUGUGAAAGACAAAAAGACGAAAAAGGAAGAAGAGAAACAUGGACUCAUUACGGAACCACUGAUGGAUUCAAACAGGCAUAUUAUCUCGGAAGUCUUGGAAGAGAAAAUCAGCGAGCAAGGGAUUGAGAAUCUCACCGGCAAGAUCGGGAAAGACAUCGCCGAUGCUUAUGGCAUCGGAGAUACGCAAUCAAUUCUUGAUGUUUGUGAAUGGAUGAAAGAAGCGAUGAUCGAAGAGUCGAAAAAAAUCAAGGAGAAGCAGUCACGGCCGGUUGUUGAUGAGGCUGUAAGAACUCUUGGGACUGUUCUCAAAGACAAACUCGAGAAAGACGGCUCUAACACCAUUGUCUACGCAAGGCGAGAGCUCAAUAAAGGUACAAAAUCAAAGAAGAAAACUACAACGACGAAGGGCAGGACAAAAUCCUCAAAAAGCAAAACGGUCGUCAUUUCCGACGACGAAGAAGAUGAAGAAAUUAGAAAUCCUUUCUGCAGCUCAUCGGAAGAGGAUGAAGUGAUCACACAGUCUACUUCUCGCUCAAAACGCUCACGGCGAUAA